CAACGACAGCUACAUGUUCCGGCCCGUGGCGCCCGCCUCCGCCCCACACCCUCGCCCGCUGCCGGAAGCGGAUGCGGAAACCUGCUCAGGGCCUGCCCCGGGUCUGUCCACCUCUGCACACUCCCUGCCCACGGAGCCCUGCACCUCCCUCCGGGUCUCUUCGGCCGCACCGUCCCCAGCCAGGGACAGCGACGCCCUCGGUGCCCUGUCCCCUCGGGGCGCAACCCGCUCCCCCAGCCUCAGCCGACUGCUCCGCAGACAGGAGGCCGUGCGCACCAGCUCCCUGGAAGGGCAGAUGGCCGGCCCCAGGGAUGGCGGUGGCCCGGGCUGGGCGGAGCCUGGCGGGAAGACCCCCGUGAGGCAGGCGUCCCUGGGGGCCUCCGUGCGGUCCCCACCCCGUUCCCCGAGGCCCGCCAGCGUCCGCGCCCGCAAGCACACUUUUGGGCAGCGCUGCGUCUCCGGUAGGCCGCCGGCCCCAGGAGGGGAGGAGGCCGAGGCCCCGGACCCUGCUGACGAGGAGGUCAGCCACAUCACCAGCUCGGCGCAGAGCCCCUCGGCCUCCCCCGAUGCCCCGGGAGCGGGCGGUGAGCCGGACCUGCACGGGUUCUGCGGCAUCGACGCCCAGGGCUUCCGGGGGCAGCCGGGCCAGGCGGAUGAGCAGAGGCGGCCCUCGGCGGAGCAGGGAGGAGGGGACGGCCGCUCAGAGGUCCGGGAGGUGAAGGCCCGGGUCCCGGAGGCAGAGCCCCCCUCAGGGGCCCGCAGGAAGAAGAAGAUGAGCCCCCCCUGCAUCUCCGUAGACCCCCCCACAGAGGACGAGGGCACCGCGCGGCCCCCGGCGGCAGAGGGCAGUGGCACUCUGAGACGGCGAACCCCGUCCUGUGAGGCCACGCCACACAGGGACUCCCUGGAGCCCGUGGAGGGGGCGGGGGCGGACGCGGCCGCCAAGGGGGAGCGGCGCGCACAGGCGGCCUGCCGCGCAGAGCACCUGACCGUCCCCAGCUUCGCCUUUGAGCCGCUGGACGUGGGGGGCCCUGGCGGAGACCUGUUUGCGGACAGCGGCCACAGCGUGGCCCCUGAACCCAGAGCUUCCCUUUCGGGGGCCACAGUGCCUCCUGAACCCCACAAAACAGAGCCUCCCGUGCUCUCCAGCGACCCCCCAGAGAAGGGACGGGGGCUGCACCUCAAAGUUCUCCAGAGCCCCCCAAAGAAAGCGGGGUCCCCCCCGGCCACCCCCAUCCCGGGUGACCACGUAGACAAGCCCGUGUAGCUGAGGGCACGGUGCCACACAGGUUUUAGCACUGGGGUUGGGGCGCACCCGGCAGGGUGGUGGCCCCGGGCAGGGCUGUGCGUGGACCCCAGCUCGGGCCCUGCCGAGGCAGAGGAGCCCAGGAGGCCGUCCGCCCAGGGAGAGGGAGGCAGACGCCGGGUCUGGACGAAGCAGAACAGGGGGUAGCCGUCGGCCUGGGAGCCUCCGGCCGGUGCGCUCGGGUUUGGGUUUUCCCAGCUCCGCCAAGGCGGUCUGAGGCCUGGUCAGCGGUCCCCUCGCGACCGCUGCAUCCCUGGGACAAAGACCAGAAAACGACCAAAAAGAGGAAGUCGGAGGCUGCCCAGCAGAGCCCCGUCCUCACACCCACUUACUUUUCUAGGGAACACGUGCUCGGGGCCACCUGUGCUCCGGUUGGUGGCAGCUCGGUCCCCGAGGCCACCACGGCCACGCUUCACUGUUGCUCACGGUCUGAGUCCUCACCUGUUUGUCCCCCCUCCUCGUCCCCCUCUGUCCGCCUCCGCUCCUGGGCCCGCUGCCCAGCAUCUGUGUUGGGGCGAUCGAGGCACGCUCGCGUCCACAGGGAGUGGGGUCCGUGCAAUAAGCCGGCGUCUCUGCUGGCGGCCCCGCCCGGGCUGGGAGGUUGCAGCAAAGCCCCUGCGGUUCGCGGACGUUUCUUUGACAAAUUCAGGUUAAACGUUGCAAUAAUCUGAUACAGGAAAUUUGGCUGCUUAAUGGA